GUAUGUGGUUGGAUUCGUGUGAACGGAGAAGCUGAAAUUAACUGACUUCGAUAUAAGAAUUUUUGAGUUCUGUGUUAGUGAAAAAUAUAUUCAAUUUGUUGUUGUUGUUGUUUUUUUUUUGUGCUGUGAAUAAUAUAUAUACGUAUUUCUGUUGAUGAUGUCUAGCAGACAACAUUAAUAUGUAUAUUAGUGUGAUUUUGUGCGAGCAAAAAUCGAAACGAUGCGCAAAAGAAGAAUCCGAAUUCGAUUCUGAUGAAAUGCUUUAAAGAGAUGCUCCACCAUUCUCCAUCUCCAUCAACGCGUAUAUGUAGAUUUCAUAUAGAGACCGAGACCGAAGAAGACUCGUUUGCUUUGUGUUUGUAGCCUGUAUCGGAUCGGGACAAAAUCAUCGAAAUUGUGAACUGAAAAACUGUAGAACGCGAGAUUUGAUCAAAGUUCGUAAUUGAAUCAAUCCGGGACAAACGGAAGUGCAACUCCAUUCCCCGCCGCCCACGACACACCCUGUCUGUCUGUAUCCCCCCCUCUCGCCGCCCCCUGACAACACCAAAACACCCCAAAAGAAAACCUCAAAGCGAAUAAUAAAAGAAACAAAAGAUAAACCGACGGCGUCGACGACGUCGACAAUCAAACGACAGCGACAACAAAGUCGGGCGACAAAAACCCAGAAACAGAAACAGAAACAGAACCAGAAACCGAACCAGAACAACAUCGGCUCAUCCAAGAUCAUGUGGCGUUUUUUAAAGUGUCUGCUCUGGCUGCUCGUUGUGACCAAAGCUGCGGCUCAAAACAACGAUGCGGAGCCCCGAGAACAUUUGCAGGCAUUGUUUUUGCCAAGGCAUCACGGUCUUCUGCAACUUUGCACACAAUCGCACGCUAUCGAACGUAUGGAACAGCACGUAUAAGGUGCCAUCGAACAUCGCCGCCAUGGAGGUGCAGCUGAAGCAUGACACACAAUUCGAGCUGCAAGGCGGUCUCUUUCGCAACAAUCGUGUCAAUCGGUUUGUGGUGAAGGGCGCCAGUAAGGACACCGAUCAGGUGGAGUUGUCCCACAAUGCGUUUCGCAACAACCUCGCCGGCUUGCCGGACAUUCAGAUAAUCGGUGUGGGCAACGUCUUUAUGCGCGAACAUGCCUUCACAGGUGGCGAGAUCAAACUACUUGUGGAGGACAGCGGACAGGCCAUUGUGUUCCCGAAUGCCUUUGUCAACAUGAAUAUGUCGUGCAAUUUUACGAAAAUCAAGAACCUGGAUAUCAGGGAGAAAGCUUUCCAUCCCAGCACAAAUCGCAGCACGCAGGCCAAUGUAAAUCUGCAUAUUCAGCAAUCGCACAUUGAUCACAUCAAUAGUUUCGACGUCUCGAUGAAUAAAAUUGUGUUUGUCGAUUCCACCAUUGGAGUUAUUCAGCGCAGCGCCUUCAAUGUGACCAAUGUCAAGGAACUAUUCUAUGAGAACUGCACCAUCGGAAGGAUCGAGGCGUUCGCUUUCACUGAAAGAUUGCACAGCGAGCAUAUAUCGAUCACCGGCUCACGAAUCGGCACCAUCGAAAGUGAAGCGAUCAGCGGCAGUGGCAUUUCAAACUUUACACUCAGGCAGAAUGUUAUCGAAACGAUCGAGGAGUCGGCCAUCCAGGUGUACAGCGUAUACAUGUUCAUCGAGCGCAAUACGAUCACGAAUCUGGGCACCAACUGGCUGCGCAAUCCGCGUGGCGAGAUGGUGGCCAUCGAGGAGAAUCGCUUCGCCAGCUUUGCACCCAUUCAGCUGGAGCAAUCGAAUCGCAUCAACUGCAGUUUCGCCAACAAUCACCUCGGCGAUCCGAAGCCGGGCAGCCUCAACAUCAGCAACUGUGAGAUGCGUGCCAUGACCGUCGAUCGUUUCUGCGACUGUGGCGGCAAUCAACAAUGGCUGGCCACACUCACCGAGCACGAUAUCAGCUCCGAGAUGUAUUGCCAGCUGUCGCCAAGUUUGAGCAAAUGCUUCAAUGCCAGCACGGUGCAUUUGCGUCGCUACGAGCACGAGGCAUGUGGCAGCGACAACGAUCGCAAGCUGCAGUGCGUCGAUGGCAGCAAACUGGAGUGGUACAACGGUGGCUAUGUGACCAAGGAGGAGCGCGAACAGCAACAACGAGGCACCACCAACACCAGAAUCAUUUCCAUUAGCCUCGCCAUUAUCGGCGUCAUCGCCUCGAUAAUCUUCAUGGGGGCGUUCGUUUGGAUGAAGUGCCGAAAGCAGCGGCAACAGCAAAUGUGUCACUUCAGCUCUGAGGAAUGUGUGGUGCUGAUGCGCGAUGCGGGUCCCAAAAUGAGGAGCUAUUAUGAGAAGUUGACCAGCAAUAAGCUGACGAGCGAACAGUGCGUUAACAUCAUCAAUCAGGUGACCAGUCAGCACUUCGAACGCAUCACGCUCUCGGCCAAUCAGGUGCUCGAUCGCCACAUGCAAACGAUGCAUUCCAGAAGCGAUAUGGGCGCCAGCGCCUUGCUGACCCUUCCCAGUGCACCCAGCGAUUACAGUGGUGGCGAUGAGCACGACGAGCGUGUGGAUAUCGAGAACAUUUACACCGAGGUCCCGGACUAUUCAUCGCCACAGGAUUUGCUCGAUGCUCAGGAUAAUUUCUACUCGGAGCCGAAUCAUUUUGUUGGUGAUGGCCAUGCAAAUGAUAUGCCACCGCCCGCCUAUGCACCGCCAUUCCAGCAACCGCCACCGCCCUCGAUGCAUCGCCAGCAUCCACAUCAUCCCACACAUCAUUAUCAACUGCCGUCCACAAGCAGCAGCAGCCAGAGACGCGGCCACGAGCAGCUGCCCGAUGUGCUGCAGCCAUCGACUGACAAUUGUGGUGCUAUCUAUGCCCAGCCCGUGUUGCGCUUGACGCCCAACUCGGCGCCCAUCAACGUAUCGCCCGCUUCAAAAUCCGCAGCGUUGCCACAUGGUGCGAAGAACACUCAACAGAGUCAUGUGCGCGAACUGCGUCAGAAUCUGGAGGCGAUGCCACAAUUCCAUCCCAAUCAACUGACCUCGAGUCGCACACAAAACCAGCUGCAAUCGCGUUUCGCCAGCACGCCGCGUCGCCAACAUCCCAGUGGCAACGCCAGCAGUGGCAACACUCUCAACAGAAGCUACGAGUGUCUCGACGGUGCGGCCAGCAUGGCUGCCAUGGAACUGAUGGAUAUGCGAGGAGCAACUGCCUUGCCACCGGACUCGGGCUCUGAUCAUUCCGGUGGCAGCGAUGAGACUGUUAAAAUCGAUGACGUCAUCGAGUAUGCUGACGCCGAGAACUGUGCGAUGCUAGCCGGCAAAGCAGCGACGCGUUCAGCGACAGCGACACAAACAUCGAAAAAUAUGUGAUACACGUUAGAUAAAAUACACACACACACACUCACACACUACCCAUACACACAGAACACAACACAACACAAUACGAAACAAUCACAAGGACAUAUGCAUAUACAUAUAUCUAUAUAUAACUCUAAACUUAAACGUAUACUGUAUAACUUUAAACCCGCUAUCCGUUCGAGCAACAUCGACAGACAGACAGAGGGACGGACAGAAAACAACAUAAUCAAGCCCAUCCGUCUGUCUGUCUGUCCGUUCGUAUUCAGGGCCAGAUCUCAGUGACUACGCGAGCUAGCACCAUCAAAUUUGGUAGAAGGAAUCUCCUGAAUUUGUCACACCUCAUUCAACAAUUUGAUUGUGGUUCUUCUUAGCGGAUAGCGUGCAGUCGAGCACACUCGACUAUGACUUUCUCUUACUUGUUUUUUCGCUGUAAAUAUGCUUUUCAUUAUAUCCCCAUUACAAAUGGGGUUGAUUUACUCAUUGCUAUAUCCUGCAUCGAUUAAUUGUGGGACGAAGCUUAAUUGUAUGGUUUUUGAAGGAACUUGACACAUUUUGACCACGAUCGCAAUGAAAACCCUAGCUUUAUAACUUAUUCAUAAAUACAUUUUUUUUUUGUUAUAUA